UGAAUGUGCUGGUUGUUUUAUUUAUGAAAUUUUUCUUAGUUUUUUCCAAAGAACGACGAAGAAAUAAAUUACAAACAGUGGCAAAUGUUUAAUAUUGAUUUGGAAAAGUGUUUCACAUGAAAUCGAUUGGCAUAAAAUAAAUUAGAUGGAAACCAAUUGAUGUACACUAUGAUUGUUAUAGUAAAUAAAUAAGUUGUUCAUACUUUGAUAAAAUGGUGUUUGUAUUUAAUGUUUAAACUCCUGGUUGCUUUGUCGUUCGGUCAAAUAUGUACUAAUUUUAUAAUAAAAUCAAGAUCGUGCAAGGAAUCGAAGUUCUGAAUGGUUCAAAUUUAAUUGAACAAUAUCUGAAUAUAUUGAAAACGAACAUCACGAUUAUGCAGUUUCGUGUUUGAGAGUGCAAUUUUUUGGAUCAAAUUUAUUUGGAAUCGCAAAAAAAAAAAUGGCUCGUACGGGUUUAUUGGUAGUUACGAAUUUAUCAAAAAUUCGGCAUAGCUUGACGGCUGUCAAAAAAUACGUUUCAAGUACAUUAUACAUUCAAUUAUACACGGGUGUUGUUGUCGAACGUAAAAAAUUCGUAAACACAUUGAAACCAGUGACCAGAUAUUGUAAACAUGCAACUGACAUAUAUUCGUUAUCAUUGCGAACAUGUGAUCAUUUGGAUGUGAUUCUUAUCAUUGGAAAUUUAAAAGAUAGUGUACUUUGGCAAACAACAUCAACCUUACACGUCAAACCAGUCGAUGUGCUUCUGUUCGAUGACGGCAUUUCAAACAACGAAACGACAAAACUGAUGGAUCGAUACAAAGCAACUAAUAUUAUUGAAAUUUCCAAUGCAUUGGGAGAAAAUGUUAUAAACACAGAACCGGCAUCGGUCACCUCCAAUGAAAGCCAUUCAGAAACUAUCGAAGGUGAUACGGUUGUAUUGGGUGGAACAUUUGAUCGAUUACACGUCGGCCAUAAAAUGUUGUUAACCGAAGCUGCACUGCGAGCUAGAAAACGGGUUAUUGUCGGUGUAACCGAUGUAAAUAUGAUUCAAAGCAAAUUGUUACAUGAAUUAAUUCAACCGGUUAAGACAAGGAUCAGUGUAGUUCGUGAUUUUUUGGAAACUAUUGACAAUACAUUAAUAUAUGAAGUGGUUCCAAUUCAAGAUUCAUUCGGUCCAACAAAAACCGUUCCGGAUUUAGAUGUUAUUAUUGUAAGUGCCGAAACGUAUCGUGGCGGUGAAAAGGUGAAUGAAAUUCGUGAAGCAAACAAUUUGAAAAAAUUACAAAUUCAUUGCAUUGACAUCAUUGAAUUGGAGAACAAUGAAGAGGGCAAAGAGAAUAAAAUAAGCUCAAGCAAUCAACGGAUGGAUUUGCUUGGUACACGACUUAAAAAACCAAUACCAAAACCACAUUUACCAAAUUACCCAUACAUAAUUGGUUUGAUUGGUGGCAUUGCAUCCGGUAAAAGUAUCAUUUCACAACAUUUUGAAAAACUUGGCGCAGCAGUUAUAAACUGUGAUCGAUUAGCUCAUGAUGUAUAUGAACCGGGCACCGAUUGUCAUGCAAAACUUGCCACACAUUUUGGCAACGAUAUUUUAAAUGCCAGCGAUGAUAAUCGAAUCGAUCGCAAAAAAUUGGGCGCAAUUGUAUUUUCGAAUAAGGAAAAAUUGAACGAAUUGAAUGAAAUUGUGUGGCCAGCUUUGAUGAAAAAAGUUCAAGAGCGCAUCAAUCAAAUUCGUGUGGAAAAAUCACAUGACGUUGUUAUGAUUGAAGCAGCCGUACUACUGCAAGCCGGUUGGCAACACGAAAUGCAUGAAGUUUGGUCAUUGAUUGUACCACCUGAGCGGGCAAUUCGACGUUUAAUAAAUCGUGAUAAUUUGACAGAAGAACAAGCAAAACAACGAAUCGAUGCACAGCCAUCCAAUGAGACGAUGGUUAGUGAAUCAACGGUAGUUUUUUCAACACAAUGGAGCUACGAAUUUUCUCGUCAACAAGCGGAAAAGGCAUGGCAGGGACUUCAGGAGUAUUUAAAAAAAUGAAGAAAAAAAAACAGUCUUAAAACGAUUGCAUUAUUAUUUUAAUUUGAAAAUGAAAUACAAAAAAAAAAUUGUUAACUUGUAUUGCAUAGGGAUGUGUUCUUGUUUUAAAAGUGUUUUAAUAUCGUUA